UGAAUUGAUUAGUAAAAGACCAUCAGUGCUACGAAUGUACGAUGGGCAUCGCGUUUGUAACGUCCGAAGAAAAGAUUAAUCUGUGCAACUUUUCGAGUUCACUGUGUCCCACCUGCCGUUUCUUUGCUUAAAGCCGCUCUGAAGCUACCUGAAGUGUCUACUUUCAUAUGAGCGUUCUAGUACACCAUAUGGGUAUACACUUCUUAAUCCGAAUGAAUAAUCGAUCUCCUGAGAAAAUAGAUAAGCAAAGGCGCUUGAAGGGAUAAGACUGAUUCAACCGAGACGUAGUCAAAGGUUUUAUGGUGCUAUCAAACAUACCUUGCCCGAAGGUCAUCACUGCAGUUCUCUUAAAAGGGAUUGAGCCUUGAUACUGAAAUUAAGUAGAGCUUUUUUCACCUAGUAAUUGUUUUGUUCGGUAGAGUGUAGAGGAACUAGAAUUUCUGGAGCUAAUCCCUCAACGGAUUUGAGAAGCUUUGAGUCUUCUAAUAACCGGCUUAAUUUUUUUUACCACUUCACUUAUUGUGUCUCCCCAGCUGUCAAUCCUCAGGGGGAUUGCUAAUUCACGAAUCGAUUGCCUCUUCCAUUGCUCGCUUUAAAUCCUUGUUAAGUGAACAGCUAGCUGUUCACAAUGCUCGAUAAGAAUAUUGUUAUGAAACGCAAACGAAAUCGCGAUCCGAGCCGAAAAAAGGCCACCAAAACAGACAAAUUAUCAGAACAGCUUCGAAUGGUCGACGUCGUCGACGGAAGGCAGCAUUCGAGCUUCAUCAUGGAGCCAACGUUACCUGAGCUUAAGGACAUCUCGGUGGAAAGCAAUGAACAUUCUCUAAACAUCAGUGACGACUUGCUUAAUCACCAGCAGACGCUAUCACCUACUGCGGGCGGAGUAGUGAUGACCUUAGCCAGCACACAUCGACCCGCAGAAGAACAUGAUAAAGCUUUCGUACAAGACCUGAAACAGACGGAUCCGGACAUGUUUGUUGGCGAUGUUUUCAAUCAAGGCAAACUCAGAGCCUGCGUCGAGCCAGUUCCAUCGAAGUUUGAGUGCUUCAACGAUUUCGUCUGCAACUUCACCCCCCGAGGCCGGCAUCUAUGUAUGUGUCCACAUCACAUACCGAUUCUAGUAACCAAUAGAAUCGGAUCGAAUAGCGACCGAUGUAGUGCGCCGGUGGCCGAAGUUGGCGACAAUUUCAAAUCUGGAAACGUUGACAACCCUACGUUACCGCUGCCAGUCGAGCCACAGUCGAAUUUGCCCUUGCUCGCACUUGGUAUCGCCUUCUUCAUCACCGGUACUUUCCUGCUAGUUUCGGUGUUGAUUUUCGUACGGCGUAAACAUCCUAAUACACGGAGCUGUCGUGACAUGAUGACUUGUCAGGUCGAAGCAAAUACAGGACUCCCCCUCACUCGGAGUCAUUCACUUAAUAAAGGCAUACAGUAUGUGACGAAUCCCGCGUACCAUCCGACCCAUUUGGACACUCCGUUCAAACGAGUUCUACACGAAUUUGAAAUUGACCAAGAGAAAGUUGAAUUUAUUGAAAAGAUCGGAGAGGGGUGUUUUGGUAAAGUGCAUCGGGCACUAUACACACAACUAGAUGGUAGCACACUGAACGUUGCAGUAAAAGUCCUCAAGGACUCAGCCUCUCACGAGGCACUGGCCGACUUCGAGCGGGAAGUUCUCAUAAUGGCCAACUUCUCGCACCCGAAUAUCCUUAAACUGAUCGGCGUCGUCUAUAAAGAUAACGACGUGGUUCCAUGGAUGGUGUUUGAGUUUAUGCAGCACGGAGAUUUAGCCGAGCUAUUACGAGUUAAUGCCUACAAUCGAAGCGAAGGCUACAGAGCUCCUUUUGUACAUAUCGCAAAAGCUGACCUUUUAUCAAUUGCAAGCCAAAUUGCAAAUGGUAUGCUGUACCUGUCUGUGCAGCACUUCGUCCACCGUGACCUGGCGACGCGAAACUGCCUCGUCGGAAACAACCUUUGCGUGAAGAUCUCGGACUUCGGCAUGUCUCGAGACGUGUAUACGUGUGACUAUUAUAAGAUCGGAGGAUCGCGUAUGCUUCCGGUGCGGUGGAUGGCCCCAGAAUCAAUAAUGUACGGGAAAUUCACUUUGGAAUCGGAUAUGUGGUCCUAUGGUGUUGUACUCUGGGAAAUAUUUACAUUUGGAAAACAGCCCUACUACGGACACUCUAAUGAAGAAGUGGUAAAACUGAUACUUCAAGGCAUCCUGCUGUGCCCGCCUGAGGAUUGCCCCGCCUAUGUGUAUUCUAUAAUGGCUGGUUGCUGGAAAACCGAUCCGCUGGAUCGUCUCUCAUUCGAAGACAUCUGCAAACAGCUUCGCCAAGAAAUCAAAAAAGAGGAGACGGAUGCAUCGUCUAUCAAAGACUGCCGUAAGCUUGGCCAACUUAGUCUAGACCUGGACGACUAUCUCUUACCGAAAUGUGCCACUUCACAACUAUAAAAGCCAGAAAGGCCUAAAAACGAUUAUAUCGAUUUAACUAAAAGUUGAGAGUAUUGCACACAGAAAGAAUGAGGCAGGGAAAUUGAAUAUUUCAUGAAAAGUAGUAGCGCAAAAUCGAUAUGAACCGAUUGGAACAUACAUUGUUUCAGCGACACACAAAAAGCAUAAGACUUGAAAAGUCUGCAUAUAAAUGACAUGCUGCAUUGGGAACAGAGAUUCGAAAAGCAAGCAAACCGUAUUCUAAGACACGUUCAUAGCUCUAGUGCAAACUCUCACCAAUUCAUUGCAUUCAAAUGCAGAAAGUCUCCAUCGGAGGUGAAAGACGACCAUAGUGGGAAGGUUCUCAGCAAUCCAUGCGCCGUAUGAUUCGAGAUCACCAAUGUUACCGUAACUACAGAUAUGCUUAAUAUACUUUUUGUAUUGCUUAAUCACUCAGUGCUAUAUGCCGAACAGAAUUGUAUGAUUUCAAUUGAAGUUUGUGUAUCAUAGAUCUAAUUAUUGUCAUCACUAUUAUUUUAUAUUUGAGCAUGAACAUACGCUGACCGCGCGAACGUCAUCCAUAGGUCAAUAAAAUCACAAGUUGCAUUAAUAAAAAUCG